AUGCACGGGAUAUUUGCUGGUCCAGUGACAGCCGGCUGGAAGUUUGAAGUGUUGGCCACACCACGCAAUGAGGGAAGAACGACAGUAGAAUUGAGGUAUGCCAACGGCGCUUACAGGGCCAUUCAGAUUGAUAUUCGUUUUAUCUACGGAGGGUAUGUCAACACGGUGGUCCGGAAUAUGUACACAUCCGCAGGCUGGGGCUACGAAAACAGCACACAGCCGUACUUUCCCUUUGCUAUAGGAAGACCAUUUAAUCUUACAGUAGUGACGACGGUAUCUUCAGGAUUUGACAUCUACGUCGAUGGGGCAUACUUCGUUACGUGGGGAUACAACGGUGUUGACUUUACCCAGGUCAAUCAGGUCACCAUCUUGAGAGGAGCCGACAUCGAUUUAAUUAAAUUCUACAACUGAACUUUAAAAAGAAACUCACUUUCUGUGCUGUUAGUUAUAUCUUACCACUAAAUAAAGCGUGCAGGGAGCCAAAAAUUAAAAUGUAUUCUUGAAAAUAGGAAAACACCUCCUUAUGGUAACUUUUUCCAAUCAACGAUUGUAUCAUUUUAAAAGGAAGAUAUUGGCAGAGUAUAUCUCUCGUCCAUCACCCCUCUCUUUCCAUCUGUCUGUCCGUAUG